AUCCGCCAUUAGCCUAUAACCUAUAACUUGAAUAUGAGGGCAGAAAACAAAAAGUGCAUGCACUAUCAAUAUCUCCUCAUAAUUACAUGAUCAUCAUCGCAAUAUUAUAGAGCCAUAUUGUUCAAUAUCUAAUCUAUCAUGGGUUUUAGAACAGUUCAGUGAUGUGUCAAAUUCCAUGCCGAUGAAACAUCCAUCAACAUAAAUUAUUCAAAGUAUUGAUUCUGUCAAAUCAAAUAAAGAAUGGCAAAGGACCAAUGGGUAUUAUAGUUGAAUACUUGAGCCAAUGAGGUAAAGCUAAUACCUCAAUACCAGUCAAGUCCAAUCCAACUCAUCAGGACCGCGAAUUUGUUUUCAAUAAUAAAACAACAUUAAAAUCCAUCAUGGGCUUCAUUAGCAUAACUAAAACCAAGAGAUGACAAGCUCAGGAGUUGGUGUCAUAAAGAAGAGAACCAAGUAUAGCAAAAAUGGCUGCCAAGAAUGUAAAAGAAUGAAGGUUAAAUGUGAUGAAAUGAAGCCAAUAUGUACAAGAUGCUCAAAGACUUCCAAACAAUGUCUAUAUAUACCAUCAAAUCCAAAAAAGUCUGCAGCGAAUUCAAAGGAGAGAACACCAAUGGAAAACCUACCAGUGGAUCCAGCAAUACCCGAUUCUGUCUCUUCAAAAUCUUCGUAUAACAGCUCACCCUUAAGCCUUGAUAGUUUCAAUAAACUACAAAAUAACUUCACAAAAUAUGACUUCAUAGAGAUGAUUAAUGAAGAUAUUACAUCCAAAUUUGACAAAGCAAUAGAUUCUUCACUAAAAAAUAUACGGUUUGAUGAAAAUAAUUCAAGUUCAAAUUUGAUUAAUCAAUUAGAUGAAAACAUACUCAACAAUUUAGAGGUACUGGACGGUGAAAACUCUUCAAGUCAAGAUUUUGUAACAACAGAUACAAUUUACCAAAUCCCGUUGAAUCUAUUCAAUCCACUUCAAGAUCUUCAACACAAGUUUUAUUUGGAAGUUUUUUACAAAGAAUUUUCACAAGUCAUUUUACCAAUGGAACCAAAGCCAAACUUGAACCCAAUUAGGGAUAUAUUGUUGCAACAUUGUUUCAGAAAGAAUUAUCUGUUUUAUGCAAUCUUAGCAACAGGUGCCAGAUUCUCUUUCAAUAAACGGUUGUUAGAGGAUGAUCAAAAGAAUUAUUCCAUUUUCAUGAAGAAAACGCUUCAGAUGCUUGAUGAUUUGGUUUAUGUCAAAGAUUUCAUCCCAAGUGAUGAGAGUUCCAAAGCUGAAAUGACUAAAACUGUUGAAAACUUGCUAUUGACAAUAUUAAUAUUAACAUCUGAUAAUGCUUCAAGUAUGAAACAAAGUUGGAGAGGUCAUUUGAAAGGAGCAAAAGAUUUAUUGCAUAAAAUCUUUAUUUUGAAACGCUUCAAUCAUAAUUCUAAAAUUCUCAUUUUUUGCAAGCUUUGGUUCACAUCUUUUGAAGUUUUAGCUUGUUUAACAGCCCCUAGAGGUGGAACUAUUAGUAGUGAAUUGGAGAGAAAACAUUUGAUUUUUGAUGGUUCAAAUAUGGAUGAACUAAAGGUACUCCAAAACUUGAAAUUAAUUACAAGGGAAGGAUUCAACCUAGUACUUGGAUAUCAUGAUAGUAUUCUAUCUCCAGUUGUCGGAUUAAUUGAUAUUAUGAAGCUAUCCAAUGAGUCAAGUGACAUUCAAGAUAUUGAGCAUAUUACCAACACAACGUUACAUUUGAUUUCGGAAUUCAAGACCAAUCAGCAUUUAUCCAUGCUGAAUCAUAUUCCACCUUCGGCAAUUUCAACAUAUCGAAACUCUUCUACAGGUGACGUUCGAACAAUUUCAUGGUAUGAUAUUUGUCAUGAAUCGCAUGUUGAUGCUAGCUUAAUUACAAUCAUUAUAAGGUUAUUUUCUGCUCCUAAAACAAACCAUAUUAUUCAGGGAUUGGUGAAAAAGAUAUUAUCAAGAUUGCAAGUUUUGGGUGGUGAUUAUCAGUGCUUGCACACCGGUGAUGAUGGCUUGUUGACUCAUGAUAAUCGGAAACUUUUCAACUUAAUGCUGUUGCAAUGGCCCUUAUUAGUGGCUGGCUUGAAUAGCACGGAUCCACAAGAUAAAGUGGAUGUGGAGAAUUUAUUCCGAUUACUACAAGAGCUUGGUUCGGGAUCUUCUAUUUUUGUUCUUGAUAAAAUCAAGAGGUGUUGGAAUAAUGAGAUGAAUCAUAAUGAAGUUGAUAUUGUGACAUACUAAAAGAUUGCAAAAUUCCGAUU